GUGAAAGGAAAAGCAAAGCUCCAAAAGGCUGCUGGGCAAACGCGGCUGCUUCCUCUGGCGGGAUCCGCUGGCUGCAACUUGCAUGGUCGUGAGCAGAGUUUGGACUGCAGCGCUGCAGCUUUCCCACUUUGUUGGUCUGAAAGGUGCCCCUGGACUCCUGCUUUGUUCUCCUGCUUCAGACCGGUGCCCACCUGGAUCUAUCCAACAUAAUGAAGUAGUGGAAGAGCAUUAGAGUCGGGUUCCAGAAUGUCUUUUCUUUGGAGUGGAGUGGAAACAUUUAAGAUGCAGCUCGCUCAGCAUCCAAUUUCCUUCGAGGAGGUGGCUGUGCGUUUCACGACAGCGGAGUGGGUGCUGCUGACUCCUGACCAGAGGGUUUUGUAUAGAGAAGUCAUGGUGGAGAAUUACAGGACUGUGGCCUCUCUGGGUAACAGCCAGGAUGAGGAGAAUUAUAGUGAGGGCUGUGUGGUGUCUUUUGUAAUGACCAGCCAUGUUGUGGUGAAAAAGCCUUCCAGAAAUCCAGAACUGUCAAAGAAGCAGGAAGAAAGCAAAGCAGAAAAUUCAGGGAGUCACGCUGUCGUUUUCCAAGCUGGCAUUCUUGAAAAUCCAGCCCAAGAAAAAUACAGCAAAGGAAAGAGAAGGAAUAAGCAUUCUGAAAGCAGAGAUGUCUUGAGUUAUGAAUCCAGCUCUUCUUCCCAUCAGAGAAUCCACACAGGGGAUGAAAUGUAUAAGUAUUCUGAAUGUGGAAAGGGCUUUGGCAGGUUUGCAAGCCUCACUUCUCACCAGAGAAUCCAUAUGAGGGAAGAACAUUCCAUGAGUUCAGAGUCCAAAACACUUUUUAGUCUGAGUGAAAACCUUACUUCCCAUAAAAGAACCCACACAGUGCAAAAACCGUGCCAGUGUUCUGAGUGUGGCAAGAGGUUCAGUUAUAAGAGCAGUUUGAAUUCGCAUGAGAGAAUCCAUUCAGAGGAGAAACAAUAUAAAUGUUUGGAAUGUGGAAAGAGCUUCCGCUGGAGCACAGCCCUCACUUCCCAUCAGAGAGUCCACACAAAGGAGAGACCAUAUGAGUGCCUGGAGUGUGGAAAGACCUUCAGAUGGAGCGUGUGCCUCACUUCCCAUCAGAAAUUUCACUCAAAGGAGAAGCCAUAUGAGUGCCUGGAGUGUGGAAGGACCUUCAGUUGGAAGGUAGCCCUCACUUUACAUCAGAGAACUCACUCAGGGGAGAAACCCUAUGAGUGCACAGUGUGUGGGAAAUGCUUCUCUCAAAGUCCACACCUUAUUUCUCACCGAAGAAUGCAUUCUGGAGAGAAACCCUUUAAAUGCCAGGAGUGUGGGAAAGGCUUCAGUCAGAGCUCCCACCUAAAGGUACACCAAAGUGUCCACACAGGAGAAAAGCCGUAUAAAUGCUUAGAGUGUGGAAAGAGCUUCCGUAUCAAUACAAGCCUUACAACACAUGAAAGAAUCCACACAGGGGAGAAGCCAUAUAAAUGCCUGGAUUGCGGGAAAAGCUUCAAUCAGAGCUCAAGCCUUAAUACACAUCAAAGAGUCCACACAGGCGAGAGGCCAUAUAAAUGUAUGGAAUGUGGAAAGGGUUUUAGGAGCAGUUCAGAUUUUAAUACACACAACAGAAUUCACAGAAGGGAGUAACCAUUUAAAUGCCUGCAGUGUGGAAAGAGCUUCUCUAACUCACACCUGAGUGUGCACUGAAGGAUCCACAUAGGAGAAAAGCCACAUAAAUGCUUGGAGUGUGGAAAGGGUUUCCAUAUCAGCCCAUUUCUGAAAUCGCAUGAAAGAAUCCACACAGGAGAGAAGCCAUACAAAUGCCCAGAUUGUGAGAAAAGCCAUCAGAGCUGAUGCCUUAAUACACAUUGAAGAAUCCACACAGGGAAGAAACCAAUUAAAUACCUGUAGUGUGGAAAGAACUUCUCCACUGGCAUCAAGCUUACAAGACAUUAUACAGUCCACGCCAGAAAGAAAAAAUACAGAUGCAGGGACUGUUGGAAAAGAUUCAGAUGGAGAAGCCGUUUUACAGCUCAUCAAAGAAAAGAGGAGGAAUCAUAGAAAUGAUCAGACUAAGAGCUUCUGAAAUUCAGCAAGCCUUACAGAUGUCAUAUAAGUCACAGAAACCCCAAAUUAUUUACUGAUUCAUCAGUUAAGAAUCUUUUGUUUCUCAGGGAGUUCUCAAACCUUUAUAAACAGCCAGGAACCCAAUAAGGAAGAAGUUCUCGAGAUUUGUGCUAAACCUGACCCUGUAACAUUGUGUGUUAUUCAUAGUCUCCCUACAAGGGGUAGGUGAGGCAAUAACGACACCAAAUAGCUGCAGGGGUUUAAUUUCUCAGAAAUGUACUUGCAGAUGGGAAACUCCCCGCAGAGUGCUACUGAUUUUCCCUUCCAUGUCAAGCCUUCUACAGCCCAACAUUGUAUCCUUUGUUUUCAGUGAGUGCAAUGCACUGUUUGUGCUGCUUAUGGACCAUAUUAAAAUUGAAUUGAAAAACUGA